CUUUAAAAUGAUUCUGUUCAUAAGAACGAGUCGUUCAUGAAUCAGGCAUCACAAUCAGCGUCGUAUAACGGGAUCUGUGACUCGGCAGGGCGAUGGCUCGGACCCUACACCGAGACAAAAUAAAGCUGGACACGGAAAACCACUGCACUCCAUCGCACCGUGUUUAAUAAGCGCGUGACUGACAGCGAGCGCGCGGCCGGCGGUCCGGUGACGUCAGAGGAGCGGCUGUCCUCUCAUUGUCUGUAAAACCGCUCGUUUUCGUCACUUACACCUGAUUUAAACGCGUCCACGUGACUUCUGUGUUCUCCGCGGUCGCGUAUUACAUUUAAAUGUAUAAUCUAAGAUCAAAUGCUGUUUGUUUGUGAUCUGACACGCUGUUUGUGUAUAAAUCAGAGGGGAGUCAGUCUGGUGCUACUGUAAGCUGUGAUCAGAAGAUACGUGCUUUAUAACGUGUUGUGUUUGCUCUGCAUGCUGUCAGAACUAGUAUGCUGCUUGAUAUAUGUUGACAGAGCUGCGGCUGGGGGUCAGAUUGUGUCCGGACACCCCAGCCAUCCCCCCGAGGGCCGUGGCUCUGCUGGACCCAGAGGUCAGAAGGGGCCCAGGGGUUUCUAGGGGCCCACAGCAAUUUCCUAAUCGUGCUUUUAAGAAGGUCCUAGAAUUCCUAUCUCCGGCCGGGUUGUGGGCUGUCCAUGCCGGUGUCCUGCUGCGGGACCGUCCAUCACGGCUCCUCUCCGAGGAGGAUCAUCCAGAAGAACCCAGGAAUCAGGACUUGUUUGAGUCAGCCGUGCUCUUCUGUUGGACUGAGGAUGCUGCGGACUGCUCUCAGUCUGGAGCGAGACGAGGAGCAGGAGGACGAAGGAGAAGACCUGAGGGAUGGUGGGAUACCGUUCAUUAUUAACAGGGGGGGUCUGCCCAUAAACGAGGAGACCUGGGAGCAGAUGUGGCGGCACGUGGCCCGCAUCCACCCGGAUGGAGAAGCAGUGGCCAGGAGGAUACGGGGAACCAGCGACCUCCCCAAGAUACCAGUACCAAGUGUGCCUACAUUCCAGCCCAACAGCAGUAUUCCCCAGCGUCUGGAAGCCAUACAGAGAUACAUCAGGGACUUGCAAUACAAUCACACUGGAACACAGUUUUUUGAGAUCAAGAAGAUCAGGCCACUCACAGCAUUGAUGGACAUUGCCAAGGAAAUGACAAGAGAAUCUCUACCAAUUAAAUGUUUGGAAGCCGUUAUCCUCGGAAUUUACCUCACCAACAGCAUGCCGACCGUCGAGCGGUUUCCUCUCAGCUUUAAAACGCAAUUCUCAGGGAGUCAUUUUCGUCACAUUGUGCUGGGUGUCCACAGCGGCGGUCGCUUUGGUGCUCUGGGCAUCAGUCGCCGCGAGGAUUUGAUGUACAAACCGCUGGAGUACAAAACACUCACGGACCUCCUUCAAGAGUUCCAGGUGGCUUAUCGGAGGUACUGGCACACACUGUGCAAGGUCAAGAUCGGUCAUUAUGUGUCACACGACCCACACAGUGUGGAGCAGAUUGAGUGGAAGCAUUCGGUGCUGGAUGUGGACAAGCUGUCCAAAGAAGAGCUGAGGAAAGAGUUGGAGAGACACACUCGGGAUAUGAGGUUGAAGAUUGGUAAAGCUGCUCCACCAUCACCGCCUAAAGACAGGAAGAAGGAUAUGGGAUCUCCUCUGAGGACCCCAUGCAGUCCGAUGCGCAAGAACAGCCAAAGCGACAGACGGUCAUCAGUGGAGAAGCGGGCCGGGCCGGCAGGGCCCACGGCUGAUGUGAACGGAUACCAGAUCAGGGUCUGAGAGAAUGAAGAGACAAAGGCCGAAACAGCCGUGAGAGGAUGAAGAUGUGUGUUCACUUGAAGACGUAUCAUGCUACACAGAGAAUGUGUUCACUUAUAAGGGUAGACAUGAACACCUUCUCUAAUCAUUCAUUCAGUAGAAUAGCCACAUUAGGAACAAUGCAUCAUAUUUAUAUUCAUUUCAAUACUUUUCAUAUUUAAUCUGUAAAUACAAUGCAAGUUAACCUUUAACUCUACUAGAGGAUAGCCUGUAGUCCAUUUUUGGGGCCUUGGAUCAGUUUUUGGACUGCAAUCAUUUUCUGGCUCAGUGUUUUUGUCUUGUUUUCCGGUAUAGUCUUUACAUUUCUAAAUCAUUCAAGAAACUUUUUCUUUUGAAGCAAAACAACUUAAUUUUGAGUCUUGUUUUCUUUGGGGGGGGGGGGAGGAAGUAGUAAAUAUUUGCUGGAAACAAGUAAAAAAUAUGUGUCACUGGUGUCAAAUGUUUAGUUUUAUUGUUUUUAGCCUCUAGUAAAUAUUUCUUGAUAGAAAAAUGGGUUGCACUUUAUUUUACAGUAUGUGUACUAACAUGUACUUAUAGUGUACUUACAGUGUAUUUAUCUAAGAAAGUUCUGGUAAUACAAGGUAACUACAUGGGGUAGGGUUAGGUUUAGGGGUAGGUUCAGGUUAAAUACCUAAUUAUUACAUGGUUAUUGUAAUUACUAUAAUAAGUACAUAAGUAUGUACAUGAGGAACAGGACUGUAAAAUAAAGUGCUACCGAAAAAUCUUUAGAUCAUUUUAAUGGAAAACAGAACAAAAAAUAAAAUUUUCUAGCUUCCCCUUUUAAUGCAGUUUAUUUUUCUGAGCAUGCUGGCAAAUAUGUGUUUGUUUUGAACAAACUCACUUCUUUUUGAUGCGCAGAGUUAAGACUCGGUUUCAUUUAGUUUCUAGAGUAUACCAAGGCUCGUUAAUAUAUAAUUUGUAGUUGUGGUGCUCAUUCAUUUUUGGUGGGUGCUUCGAAAUCUUUAAAGUUGGGCGCACCAGUGCUAACAAGUAAAAAAAGUUAAUUUUCGAGCCCUGUACACGCAUCUUGAUAUUUGAAUAUUUAGAUACUUGCACUGGAAAACAAGACAAAAAUACAGAAGAUAUAUAAUUUUUUUUUUUGCAGUGUUGCAAUCCCCCCGACACACUUUUUGCACUUAGCGACACUUAUAGUAUAGACAUUUCUUAUUUAGUCAUCAGGUUUCAUGAGUGAUUCCAGCCUGAACUACAACAGAGCAAAUAUUUGGCUUUGAAAGAGGAAAAGCACUCCCACUGGUGAAUCUGAUGGCUUUAGUACUGAUCAUGAUACCGCUUUAAUUGACAUGUGUGUAUGUAAAUGAUGUUGCAGAUCAGAAUAUACAGGGUUCAGUAGUUAUGAAUGCAGCCCUCGCUCCCUGUAGGUUUAGAAAUGUUUUUAACUUUUGAAAGACUGGAUGCUCAAUUAUACACAUCCAAGUUUUUAAAGUCAACAUGAAAUUGACUUGAAUUCAUGUUCCUGCCCUUAAAUAUUUCAUCAUUGCAUCAUAUGCUAGAGAAAUAGCCUAAAUGUUUGUCUUUAUAAUCUUUCAUCAAAAUAUGUCAUGCUUCUCCCCUGAUGUCACGUUCUCAUAAUGACCAACCAACUAUCAUUCAUUGAUUUCUCUGUUGAAUACCUCGUAAUGUGUUGUGACUGUGAGCAUCAUUUCAUGUUGACUUUAGGAGUAGCGUGGUGUAGACAUGUAACAGUCUGUUUCAUUAGCAGAUGUUCUCCUACAGUAGACACACACUUGUGAGACACUAUGAAGUGCACUAGUGUGAUUCUGAUGUGUGCAGAAGACACUGAUGCUGGUGCUGUUAAAGGUUCUUCAUUAGAACUGCAUCCUGCCACAUGAUUCACUAACUGUGUGUGAUUAACAGAUGUUGCUGUUGUUGAUUUUUCACUCUGACGUCACGGCACUGAAUGUCUUUCAAACACUCACUGGCUCUUUUGUGACACUUGAAACUGAAAUGUACAAUAAAUUGCCUAUAAAUUGUUUUUGUCAAACAAGAAA